GCAAAUAAAAACACAUUAUUGAGUACUCCAUUAAAUCAACAGGGCAACAAUUAUUUAACAAAUCACAUAUAAUAUUUAAUAUAUAUGUACAUCAUAUACACACAUACCCAACUAUAUAUACAUCCUACCCCUCUCGAUCUUUUCAUCUCUCUUCUCUCAUAUUUGUUUAACAGUUCCUCUUUCUAACGGCGAAGCAAUGGGUUUUCCGUUGGGCUAUUCCGAACUCCUCCUCCCAAAAAUCUUUCUUCACGUACUCUCUUUCUUAGGUCUAAUACGAAAACUAAUCUCCACACUUUUCUGGUUCAUUGGUCUACCCGAUUUUUUGGAAGCCGAACCGGUUACAUCUUCAUGGCCCGACCCACCACCAAACUCCACCACCUCAAGCCACCAUGACUCUAACUUGUUUUCAGCAGCGCUGCUAGCUGGGGAGAUCUUGCCCAUUGUCAAAUUCUCGGAUCUAAACCGACCCGAAUCCGAAUGUUGUGCGGUGUGUCUCUACGAUUUCGAGAACGAGGAUGAGAUCCGACGGCUGACGAAUUGCAGGCAUAUAUUCCAUAAAGAAUGUUUGGACCGUUGGAUUAUGGAUUAUAGUCAGAUGACGUGUCCACUUUGUCGUACGCAGUUCAUACCUGAUGAUCUUCAAAGGUCGUUUAAUCAAAAGCUUUGGUCUGAAUCUAGUGAAGUUUGGUGAACUCGCUGAAUCAUCUUAGGACAUGGUCUUCGUUUUUCUCUCUCUCUCUCUCUUGAAAUGGUUGAUAUAAAGGUUAUUUUUUUGUUAGUACUUUGUUUUUUUGUUCACUAGUACUUUGUUGUUAGUAUUUUGUUUGGUGGCUGAGGGAUGUAAAUUAAAAAUAGGUAGUGGUUACAGGCUAGUUAAAAAAGAAGAAGAAACUUGUACCAUCUUUUUUCGGGAAGAAACUUGUAUCAUCUAUUCAGAAUAAAAAAACUAAAAUUUAAUUUA